UCCAUGAGAGACGGGAAAAGAGAAUAUCUUUAACAUAUAGAGAUAGGAAAAGAGAAUAUAUUUAAUAUUACAUUCCAACAGAUCACGCUCCAUUUGAGAUAUUUGUUGCCCAGAUUUGUCAGGUUGAGUACACUUUUUGUAAAGCAUGAAUAGAAAAAUGAGUAGUUUGGCUCUGAGUUUGGAAUAAGUAUUUUAGUGUCUUCCUAUUUCUAGUUGGGGGUAGGUUGAAAUACUACUAAUUUCUGUGUGCUAAAAUGUUUAUGUGUUUAUUUAAAUGGGCAGGUUUCACCCCUUUCGUUAUGUAACCCAAGUUGCCCUCCUGGUUCCAGGAAGGAAAAGAAGGAGGGGGAGCCAUUCUGCUGCUAUGAUUGUGCUCCAUGUCCUCAAGGCAAGAUUUCAUCACAGAAAGUGUUGUGCCAAAGAACUACCAGCAUAUUCUGGCCUUGAUAUUUGCUGUCAAGGAGAUCAAUGAGAACCCCAAGAUCUUACCAAAUAUCACCUUAGGAUUCCACAUCUAUGAAAGUUACUUCAAUGAAAGGAUGACCUACCAGGCUGCUCUGAACCUUCCCUCCACAUUUAUACCCAACUACAAGUGCGACACCCAGAAACACCUGGUGGCAGUUAUUGGAGGACUGGACUUUGAUACCUCCCUCUACAUGGCAGACAUAUUGAGCAUCUACAAGAUUCCCCAGCUCACUUAUGGUUCCUUUGCUCCAGAAGAUCCUGGUCAAAGCCAAUCUACUUCCUUCUAUAGGAUGGUGCCCAAUGAAGCCCAUCAGUACACUGGGAUUGUUGAGUUACUUCUCCACUUUGGUUGGACGUGGGUUGGGCUGCUCGCAGUGGAUAAUGACAGUGGAGAGAGAUUUAUUCAGAUCCUGAAACCUCUGCUCUCCCAGAAAGGCAUUUGCUUGGCUUUCUCAGAGACAACCCUGAAAACCACAUAUUUGGCAGAGUUUUAUGAUUUGCAGUCUGACUUGAUCCAAAUCUAUCAUGUUAUUAUGGAAAGUGAAGCCAAGAUAGUUGUUUUCUAUGGAGGAACAACGUCCAUGAUUCGCUUGCGAAUAAUGCUAGUGCUAGGUGAAAUGGAAAAUAUCAACAAAACAUCUGUGGGCAAGGUGUGGAUACUGACAGCACAGGUGGAUUUCACAACAUUGACCUAUCAAAUGAGCCUGGAUAUGCAAGUCUUCCAUGGUUCCCUCUCCUUUGCAGUUCAUUCAAAUGUGGUAAAAGGAUUCAAAUUCUUUCUUGAGGCACAAAAUCCUUUUGAGGCAAAUGGAAAUGGCUUUGUCAAGCAGUUCUGGGAACAAGCAUUUCUCUGUUUAUUUCCAAACUCCAAUACAGAGGAGCAGGCCAGUGAAACUUGCACUGGCGAGGAGAAGCUGGAAAAUCUCCCUUCGUCUGGCUUUGAGAUGAGCAUAACAAGCCACAGCUACAGCAUCUAUAAUGCUGUUUAUGCCACAGCACAUGCUCUACAUGCCAUGUUCUUGCCCAGGACCAAAUACAGGGCAGCGGUGGAAGGAGGGAUGCAGAAGCUUCAGAAACUGCAGCCUUGGCAGCUCCAUCCCUUCCUUAGGAGUGUCUCCUUUAACAACUCUGCUGGAGAAACGGUAUCUUUCAGUGAGAGCAGGGAAGUAGAAGCUGGCUUUGAUAUUAUCAACAUAGUCACUUUUCCAAAUAACUCCUUCAGGAGAGUCAAGGUUGGAAGACUGGGUGGGGAGGCUGUCCCAGGCCAGCGGAUUUCCAUUGAUGACAACAGAAUGGUGUGGCACCAGAGCUUUCACCAGGUUCCACCCCUUUCACUAUGUAACUCAAAUUGCCCUCCUGGUUCCAGGAAGGAAAAGAAGGAGGGGGAGCCAUUCUGCUGCUAUAAUUGUGCUCCAUGUCCUCAAGGCAAGAUUUCAUCACAGAAAGAUAUGGAUGACUGUGUUGGGUGCCCCGAAGACCACUAUCCACACAGAGAUCAAUCGCAAUGCAUUCCAAAGACCAUCAGCUUCUUGUCUUUUAAAGAGCCUCUGGGGAUGAGCUUAGCAUUGUUGGCUGUUUCUCUCUUUCUCCUCACAAUAUGUGUCUUUGCCAUCUUCAUUAAACACCAGGACACACCACUUGUCAGAGCAAACAAUCGGGACCUCACCUACACUCUCCUCACUUUCCUCCUGCUCUGCUUCCUCUGCCCAUUGAUCUUCCUCAGCCCUCCAGAAAGAGUGAGCUGCCUGCUCCGACAAAUGGCUUUUGGCCUUGUUUUCACAGUGACUGUUUCUUGUGUUCUGGCCAAAACGAUCACGGUGGUUCUGGCCUUUGUGGCCACCAAACCAGGAUCCCGAAUGAGGAAGUGGGUGGGGAAAAGACUGGCAAGCGCCAUUGUGUUUUCUUGUUCCCUUAUCCAAGCAGGCCUUUGCACUGUGUGGUUAGGAAGCUCUCCCCCAUUCCCUGAUUCCGACAUGCAGUCUGUGAUGAGGGAAAUCAUACUAGGCUGCAACGAAGGGUCAGUCGCCCUGUUUUACUGUGUCCUGGGCUACAUGGGUUUUUUGGCCAUUUUCAGCUUUGUUGUGGCCUUUUUUGCCAGGAAACUGCCUGACAGCUUUAAUGAAGCCAAAUUCAUCACCUUCAGCAUGUUGUUGUUUUGUAGUGUUUGGAUCUCCUUUGUUCCAGUGUACCUGGGCACCAAGGGGAAAUACAUGGUGGCUGUGGAGAUCUUCUCUAUCUUGGCCUCCAGUGCUGGCUUAUUGGGCUCCAUCUUUUUCCCAAAAUGCUACAUCAUUGUAUUGAGGCCUGAUUUGAACUGCAAGGAGAAGUUAAUAAAGAAGUAAUAACAAAUUAACCUAUCAUCUCUGUUUAUUUGUUCUAUCAGAAUGUGGGCAAAUUAAUCUCUCUUUUUCUACAUCGUAUAACCAUGCUGUAUUUUAACUGUUACAAUUCCUAUGUGCAAUUCCUUUUAAAAUCCUCUGUGGUCUUUAUGAAAUAGGGGUCAAAAACCG